AAACAAUUUAAUUUACUACCCAGAUCACACAGUGAGAUGGUCGGGCGGUGACUAUAUCCAGGGGGAUUAAAGAGGAUGGGAGCAGUAUUCAGGGAUCGGAGAUGUCAUUCGGUCGACUCCUGCGCCGUGCUUCAUCCAAAGCCUCUGACCUCUUGACCUUUAAUGUAGGGUCGGUAGGGUCACGCCCUCUGCAGGACGGAGAGAUCAUUUUCUCCAAAAACAACGUGUGCGUGCACCCAGCCGAGCCCCUGCCCGGCCUGCCCGAGCAUCACCCAGGAUACCUGUGUGUCCACCUGGAGAAGGAUGAGACCCUGGGCUCCACGCUCAUCCUCACCUGGGUGCCGAACUCACGCAUCCAGAGGCAGGAUGAAGAGGCCCUGCGUUACAUCACCCCCGAGAGCUCGCCCGUGCGACGCAACCCUCGGCGCAGACGUGCCCGUCCGGCACAGACUCGCCCCCCGCCACCCGCACCAGAGGAGGACGAGGAUGAAGAGGAGGCACAGGAGGCAGCCCUGCAGAAUCAGGAGGAGGGCGACGAGGGGUCGUGUGAGCUGUCCGCCGAUGAGGUGAGCCGCGACAGCACGCUGGGCUCCGACUCGGACACCUUCUCUUCGCCGUUCUGUCUGUCGCCUGUUAGCGAGGCCCUGGCCGAGAGUACCAGCUCUGUCUUCCUGGACAGUGAGAGCAGAGAAAUGUGUGACGAGUCCAUGACCCACUCGGCCAGCUCCGCGUCCAGCCUGGACAGCCACGCCCUCUCGGAAAGCAGCCAGUCGCAGGGUGGACGAUGGGAGGAGUAUCAGAAGGUUCUGGCUCUGGAGCAGCUGUGUGGGGUGUUCAGGGUGGACCUGGGUCACAUGAGGUCACUGCGUCUCUUCUUCAGUGAUGAGGCGUGCACGAGUGGUCAGCUGGUUAUCGCAAGUCGAGAGAGUCAGUACAAGAUCCUGCACUUCCACCACGCCGGCCUGGACAAACUGGCCGAAGUCUUUCAGCAGUGGAAGUGCUGCCGCGAGACGCAGAUGAAGGACCAGGUGACGGACGAGAAGUCGUGUAUGCAGUUCUCCAUCCGCAGGCCCACUCUUCCUUCCACAGAGACCCACCCCGAGGAACGGCUCUACCGCAGACUGGACGUUAAUUCCUGGCUUCGCCACCUUAACCACAACGGUCAGGUGGAGGAGGAGUACAAGCUCAGGAAGGUUAUCUUCUUCGGGGGAAUCGACCCAUCUAUACGCGGGGAGGUGUGGCCUUUUCUGUUACACUACUACAGCUACGACUCGACCUCAGAGGAACGCGAGGCCUGGAGGAUCCAAAAACGUGCCGAAUACCAAGAGAUCCAGCAGAGGAGGUUGUCCAUGAGUCCUGAGGAGCACAGUGAGUUCUGGAGGAAGGUUCAGUUCACGGUGGAUAAGGACGUCGUGAGGACUGACAGAAGCAACAUGUUCUUUAGAGGAGAGAACAACCCUAAUGUGGAGAUCAUGAGACGGAUUCUGUUAAACUAUGCAGUCUAUAACCCGGAGAUGGGCUACUGCCAGGGCAUGUCUGACCUGGUGGCUCCUCUGCUAACGGAGAUUCAGGAUGAGAGUGACACUUUCUGGUGCUUCGUGGGUUUGAUGGAGAACACCAUCUUCAUCAGCUCCCCCAGAGACGAGGAUAUGGAGCAGCAGCUGAUGUAUUUACGGGAACUGUUGCGCUUGAUGCUGCCGCGGUUUCACCAGCACCUGAAACGUCUGGGUGAGGACGGCCUUCAGCUGCUCUUCUGUCAUCGCUGGGUCUUGCUAUGCUUCAAGCGCGAGUUCCCAGACACUGAAGCGCUGCGCAUGUGGGAGGCGUGCUGGGCUCAUUAUCAGACGGACUACUUUCAUCUCUUUCUCUGCGUGGCUAUCAUCGUGCUCUAUGGUGACGAUGUCACAGAGCAACAGCUAGAAACAGAUCAGAUGCUGCUACACUUUAGUAACCUCUCCAUGCACAUGAACGGAGAACUGGUGCUUAGAAAGGCGCGGAGUCUACUUUAUCAAUUCCGCCUGCUUCCCAGGAUCCCUUGCAGUCUGCACGACCUGUGCAAGCUGUGCGGGCCCGGGAUGUGGGACAGCCGCUACAUCCCGACCAUAGAAUGUUCCGGAGAGCAUCCGGACUCGCAGGGUUGCCCCUACGGAGGCACGGGCGGCCCACAUCAUGAACUCUCGCUCGGCCAGACCGACGAGAGAAAGCGAGGCUCCAAAAGACACGACAUCUUUAACUUUCGCAAGCAGUCCUGACUCCAGCUCGACUGUGUUUGAGUGAUCCGGAGGUAUCAUCAGGUACAAGGAUGAACUGUGCGUAGGGAUUAAAGGGAUACGUAAAGUCCAGUUUGAUAUGAAUCACUGCCUAAUCCAAAAACCUGUAUUUAAAAUGACACUGUAGCCAUAUCAGCAGUUAAAGGAAGGAUUUUUUUUUCACACAAGUGGACAUGACUUGAUGAUCCAUUUAUUGAAUGAAGGGAUUUAUUAUGAAGGAACUGGCAACUAGUAAAAAUGCACAUAAGUACAGGAAAACAAAAUGUGAUCCAUAAUUCACUAAUAACUUUUUAAAUGCAAUCAAAGAGUAGGAAUGUCUGCAAAUCACAAAGACAAAUCACAAAGUAUUUCUUUAUUUUUUUUUAUACUGUAUGCAUGUGCGUUAGCAUUCAUAUGUGUGUUGUGUGUAAGGGAACUAUAGCAAGUGAAUUAAAUAUAUUGUUGAAUACUGCUACAGUAAUAAAACUCAAUACAGCCUUA